UGAGAACUCCUGUCGUUGAUUGGCCCGUGAGCGACAACCGAGCUUCUCCGUGUGGGUGAAGGGGAGACGCUGCUCACGGUUUGUUGUGAAGAAGCAGUAAACAAAAAUCAACAUGGCAGAGGAGAAGUGUCCGUUUGAGCAAAGUUUUUCUUUUCGCGCUCUCCCCAACAAGAAGUUCUUCUUCCUGCAGGACAAAGAGGUUUCAACGCUGAUAAUGAAAUGGUCCAUGCAGGGAAGGAUCUCAGCUCAGUCUUUCAGCUUUGAUCAGAGCUUUCACUCUUACAACUGCGAACAGUUUGCAAUGGAUUUCUUCAAAGACCCUGACGUGGUAUCCUGUCUGAAAAAGAUGGAGGCCGGAGUCCAGGUGCCCCUCGACAAGCCUGUGGUCUCUGUCCAUGUGGAGGUGGUAGCAUGCACCAAAGUCUCCAUGGAGCUCUUUGACCCGAUCUUCUCUUGUGGCAUCCUGAGGCCCAAUGGACACAUGGUUAAAUGUUUACACGAUGUCUACUCUGACUAUGAUGAACUCAGACAGAUGCUGCGGGAGGAGGACAGCGAGCACUACUCCGCUGUCGGGGGGGAGGAGCGAGGAGAGUUUCUGUUUCGCCUCUUCAAGCACCUGUGUCUUGGGGGGGAACUCUGUCAGUACGAAGACACCAUCCAACCUUACAUCAACACCACGAAGCAAGUGUACAAAGAUCUGAUCAGCGUUCAGACGGAUCCAGACACAAAGAGGAUCAGCGUUGUUUCCACUGUGAUCAAAGUCAGCGCCUACGAUAAAUCGGGGCGUUGCUUCCCCGGGACACGAGAGGAGGAGCAGACGUUUGCCUAUUUGAUUGUCGACCCCUAUAAACGUCAUGUGACUUUGUUCUGCCACUUCUACGGUGUUGGAAACUUUACACAGUAACCAUGAAGAUAUUAUCCUGUGGUCUGAAUCUAAACUGUCAAUCACUUUCUGUAAAAGCUCUGCUGUCAGUUAACUUUCCUUUUUUUUAGGAAUUCGAGUUACACAA